AUGGAUAAGGAGAGCACUGUCAACAAAGCUGGAGAACAAGGCACCAACGGAGAUCCAGGCAAACCAGGUCCAAGGAGAAAGGAGAUCGGAACGAGACCGGACCUGGCGUCAACACACCUGCAGAGUUGCGGCACCACGGAAGACGGGGGGCAGAGGAGCGCAGAGCCAAAGAGUGGUUCCAACUGGAGCGGGCCAAACAACUGGUACCAUGACCCGACUGGCGUGCAGUCCCAACACAGCACAGUGUCCGAGGGUUGCCUGCUGGACGCCGAGGGCCUGGGGGGUGACACCGCCUCAGGUCGGGCAGGGCCAGGAGGCGUCCCUGUGGACCGGGACGAGGGAGAGGAGUCCCAACUGAGGCUGCAGCUGAAGAGGAAGCUGCAGAGGAACCGGACCAGCUUCACGCAGGAGCAGAUCGAGGCACUGGAGAAAGAGUUCGAGAGGACACAUUACCCAGAUGUCUUUGCACGUGAGCGAUUGGCGAACAAGAUCGAUUUACCCGAGGCCAGAAUACAGGUGUGGUUCUCAAACCGGAGAGCCAAAUGGAGGCGAGAGGAGAAGCUGAGGAACCAGCGCAGGUCCGGGGGCAUGACAUCGUGUUCACAGAGUCAGGCUCCGCUCACCACCUCCUUCAACACCAACGUCUACCACCAACAGCACAGCAGCUCCUCAGGGUCCAUGUUGAGUCAGGCCGAGACAUCGCUGCCGAGUUACAGCUCUCUCUCUGUGUUCUCGUCUGGAGUACAGUCCAUCCCUCCCCAGUCGGCCUCCUCUUACUCCUGCAUGUUGCCCCCCUCUCCUUCUGCCCCUCGGAGCUUUGACUCGGCAUACUCCUCCUCACACCUGCAGUCUCCGCCGACAGCUAACUCCAACACCGGUCUCAUCUCCCCGGGGGUCUCGGUGCCCGUGCAGGUCCCAGGAGCCGAGCAGCAGAGCCUGAGCCAAUACUGGGCCCGAUUACAGUGA